CCGUAUGGGGUGCAUGUUUUUAAUUUUUUUUUAAUAAAGAGCAUGUGUAGUUCUAUUAAAAAAAAAGAUAAUAGUCAUAACCUAAUAAGGUAGACCAGGAAGGCAUUUGUUCCAUCUUGCUGAUGAGACAUUGAGGCUGAAAGAAGACUUUUGAGGGCUCCUACUUGACAGAACUAGGUACGGAAUCCACAUGUUUGACUCCUGUUAAAUAUGCCAAGGGCUCUGCCAGCUCCACCAUAUUGUCUCUUUGGAAGGCAACAGUCCAGCUGAUGAUGGCCUGCAUGUGGGUGGUGCCGUGGGAGCAGAGCAGAUGGGAGAGGUGGAUGAUGUUGGGAAACCCAGGCCGUGUUGGGUUGUUCAUUUAUUAAUUCAGUCAACCAGCAUUUCUUGAGUGUCCAUUAUGUGUUGGGCACAGUGCUAGGCAUUGGGACUGCAUGCAUGAAUAAAAAUGCAACCUUUGUAUAUUCAGAGACUCAGAAUAGUGAUGUAAGGGAGAAAUACCUUUAAACACAGAGUAAUCGUGUUCAUUAGUCAAGGCAGGAGGUAGGGGUAAGUACAUACAUUAGGCAAAGCCUAAGCCCAUCAGAAUCAUCUGGAAGGCUUGGGAAAAGCCAGAGGGCUGGACCCCACCCUGGGAGCCCUGAUUCAAUAAGUGGGGCUCAAAAAUUUGCAUUUAUGCUGCUAUACUCUGGGAUUAGUAAGAGUUUCCCAAGGCUUCAGGAUUAGGAAAACUUCUUCCAUCUUGCAGAUUUGAACGGUAGAGAGGAUGCGUUCCUUGGGACUCUUGGGUUCUGAGACACAUCUAGCCAGCCAGGAUUCCCCAAGUCCCUCAGAGAAAUAAUUCUGAAGGUCCACACUAUCUAAUGUGGAGUGUCCUCAUAGGUCUGUGGCUGUGCAGGGUAAAAUUAGAGUCUUGUGUCUGGAAGAGACCUUGUUCUAUUCAUUGCUGAGUUAAGUGUGGAGUAAAGGACUCAAAGCAGCCUCUCAAAUAGUCACUGUAAAAGGGAGAGCCAUGGGUAGAGGGCAGGUUCCUGGACUUCUCCCCCAGUGUUCUUUCCAAGUACAUCACCACCCUUCUUGCCCCUCUGUUUCCGGGGGACGUGCUGGGCAGUUAUUUCCUAAGCAAGUUUUAUUACUCCUGUGCCCUGACACCAGGUCCUACAGGAAGCCACCAAAGAGUUAACUUUAUUUGGACUAGGAGCCUGAGCCAAGUACAGAGUGUCCAUUGUGCACCCGCCCCCUCUGGAGGAGUCGCUGACUGCUGGAAUGUGACAAGGCAAAAGGUUUUCACCUUGCGUUGGCUCCUCUCCUCUGUGAGUGCACAAGUGGGUGCGUGUGCUCACGCUCACAUGUUGGCAGGGGUACACCACAAGAGAACUCUCAGUUGUCUCCCAGACUCACCAAAAAAGUGAACGGUGAAUUUGGGGUGGCAGUUGCAGAUCUGACCUCUUCUGAACACUUGGCCGUGUCUCCAUUCCUGGGACUCUGAACCCAGCAGCUGGACCACUUUGUCCUUGGGAUUUCGGGUGUCCUCGCUUCUCACCUUUCCCUUUCCCCCUCUUCUCUCCCACCUCCUGAGAACUCCUGAAGACUGUAGGAUUGUCAUGGAGUCCAGGGAAAUCUUAAGCACCUCCCGGCAAAGGGGGGACGAGUCGGAAUUCCUGCCUGUCUCCUCAGCCAAGCCACCGACUGCUCCCGGCUGUGCAGGAGAAUCUUUGCUCUCUGCUCCAGGACCUGGGAAGGGGAUCCCAGUGGGCGGAGAACGCAUGGAGCCAGAGGAGGAGGAUGAACUGGGCUCAGGGCAGGAUGUGGAUUCCAACUCAAAUGCAGACAGUGAGAAAUGGGUUGCAGGAGAUGGCCUGGAAGAACAGGAAUUUUCUAUCAAGGAGGCAAACUUUACAGAGGGGAGUCUGAAGCUGAAGAUUCAGACCACCAAGCGGGCUAAGAAACCCCCAAAGAAUCUGGAGAACUAUAUAUGCCCCCCUGAGAUCAAGAUCACCAUUAAGCAGUCUGGCGACCAGAAGGUGUCCCGUGCUGGGAAAAAUAGCAAAGCCACGAAGGAGGAGGAAAGAAGCCACUCCAAAAAGAAGCUCCUCACAGCCAGUGACCUUGCAGCCAGUGACCUCAAAGGAUUUCAGCCACAGGCUUACGAGCGGCCACAGAAACACUCAGCUCUCCACUAUGACCCAGGCCUCCCACAGGACGUCACCAGUGACACCUUAAAACCAAAGCACCAGCAAAAAAGCAGCAGCCAGAACCACAUGGACUGGUCCACCAACUCUGACAGUGGACCUGCCACUCAGAAUUGCUUCAUCAGUCCAGAGUCUGGCAGAGAAACUGCAAGCACCAGCAAGAUCCCUGCUCUUGAGCCCGUGGCUUCCUUUGCAAAGGCCCAGGGUAAGAAAAGCAGUGCAGGGAGCACAUGGAGUCAAUUGUCCAACAGCAGCAAAGAUCUGCUCUUGGGAGGCGUGGUCCCAUCCCCAGGCAGCCACAGCUCACCAGCCCCACCCAGCAGCUCUGUCGAGUGCAAUGGGCUUCAGCCCUUGGUAGAUCAAGAUGGCGGAGUUGCAAAGGAGCCCCCAGAACCACCUACUAUAGGCAGCAAGAAAAAGUCCAGUAAAAAAGAUGUGAUAAGUCAAACCAUAUCAAACCCGGACCUGGACUGGGUCAAGAAUGCCCAGAAAGCAUUUGACAAUACAGAAGGGAAAAGGGAAGGCUACUCUGCAGAUAAUGCCCAAGAGGCAUCACCAGCCAGGCAGAACACGAGUUCUGUCAGUAAUCCUGAAAAUGACUCAAGUCAUGUCCGGAUUACUAUCCCUAUCAAGGCACCCUGUCUAGAUCCAACCAGCCAUAAGAGGAAAAAGAGACAGUCCAUCAAAGCAGUGGUGGAAAAGAUCAUGCCAGAGAAAGCCCUGGCUUCUGGAAUCACUAUGAGCAGUGAAGUGGUUAAUAGGAUACUCUCCAACCCUGAGGGAAAUAAGAAAGAUCCCCGUGUCCCUAAGUUGAGUAAAAUGAUAGAGAACGAGUCCCCCUCAGUUGGCCUUGAAACAAGUGGAAAUGCCGAGAAAGUCGUUCCAGGAGGUCUGUCUAAGCAGCGGAAGCCACCCAUGAUCGUGACGCCUCCAGCGUGCACAGACCACUCUCCAUCGAGAAAGCUGCCAGAAAUCCAGCAUCCCAAAUUUGCUGCAAAACGGAGGUGGACAUGCAGCAAACCAAAGCCCACCAGUAUGCUUCGGGAGGCAGUCAUGGCCACCUCCGAUAAACUGAUGGUGGAACCGCCAUCUGCCUAUCCCAUCACCCCAUCCAGCCCUCUGUACACCAACACAGACAGUCUUACUGUGAUCACGCCAGUCAAGAAGAAGCGGGGGCGGCCGAAGAAGCAGCCUUUGCUCACGGUUGAGACGAUUCACGAGGGGACUUCUACCAGCCCGGUCAGUCCCAUCAGCCGGGAGUUCCCUGGCACGAAGAAAAGAAAGAGACGACGCAGUUUAGCUAAGUUGGCCCAACUAGUGCCAGGAGAGGACAAGCCCAUGAGCGAGAUGAAAUUUCACAAAAAAGUUGGAAAGCUUGGGGUGUUGGAUAAGAAGACCAUCAAAACUAUCAAUAAGAUGAAAACACUCAAGAGAAAAAAUAUCUUGAACCAGAUCUUGUCCUGCUCCAGCAACAUUGCUCUGAAGGCUAAAGCUCCCCCAGAGACCAGCCCUGGGGCAGCAGCCAUCGAGAGCAAAUUGGGCAAGCAGAUUAAUGUCAGCAAGAGGGGAACCAUCUACAUUGGCAAGAAGAGGGGCAGGAAGCCAAGAGCAGAGCUGCCACCCCCAUCUGAGGAACCCAAAACAGCCAUCAAGCACCCAAGGCCUGUUUCUAGCCAGCCGGAUGUUCCAGCCGUGCCUUCCAACUUUCAGUCACUUGUGGCGUCUUCACCAGCAGCUAUGCACCCACUUUCAACACAGUUAGGUGGGUCAAAUGGCAACCUGAGCCCCGCCAGCACUGAAACCAAUUUUUCAGAGUUGAAAACUAUGCCAAAUCUCCAGCCUAUCAGUGCUCUUCCAACCAAAACCCAAAAGGGAAUACACAGUGGAGCCUGGAAGCUGUCUCCCCCCAGGCUGAUGGCCAACUCACCUUCCCACCUUUGCGAGAUUGGGUCACUCAAGGAAAUAACGCUGUCCCCCGUGAGCGAGUCGCACAGUGAGGAGACGAUCCCAAGCGACAGCGGCAUUGGGACGGACAACAACAGCACGUCUGACCAAGCAGAGAAGAGUUCAGAAUCCCGACGGAGGUACUCUUUUGACUUCUGCUCCCUGGACAACCCGGAGACCAUUCCGUCUGACACCAGCACAAAGAACCGGCAUGGCCACCGGCAGAAGCAUCUCAUGGUGGACAACUUCCUGGCCCAUGAAAGCCUCAAGAAGCCAAAGCACAAGAGGAAACGGAAAAGCCUGCAAAAUCGUGAUGACCUUCAGUUUCUGGCAGACCUGGAAGAGCUCAUCACCAAGUUCCAGGUGUUCAGGAUCUCCCACCGGAGUUACACCUUCUACCACGAGAAUCCGUAUCCCAGCAUUUUUCGGAUUAAUUUCGAUCACUAUUACCCGGUGCCAUAUAUCCAGUAUGACCCGUUGCUCUAUCUUCGCAGGACUUCAGACUUGAAGUCAAAGAAGAAGCGUGGUAGGCCUGCAAAAACCAAUGACACCAUGACAAAGGUGCCUUUUUUACAAGGGUUCAGCUACCCUAUUCCCAGUGGAAGUUACUAUGCACCCUAUGGAAUGCCUUACACAUCAAUGCCUAUGAUGAACCUUGGUUAUUACAGUCAGUACCCAGCUCCUUUGUACCUGUCGCACACACUUGGAGCAGCUUCCCCAUUCAUGAGGCCAACAGUGCCACCACCUCAGUUCCACACAAGCUCCCACGUGAAGAUGUCUGGUACAGCUAAGCAUAAAGCAAAGCAUGGAGUGCACCUGCAGGGACCUGUCGGCAUGGGCCUUGGCGACAUGCAGCCAUCCCUGAAUCCUCCCAAGGCGGGCAGUGCCGGUCUGUCCAGCGGUCGGCUCCACAAGAGAAAACACAAACACAAGCAUAAGCACAAGGAAGACCGGAUCCUGGGGACCCAUGACAACCUGAGUGGUCUCUUUGCAGGCAAAGCCACAGGCUUCCCCAGCCACAUCCUGAGUGAGCGGCUGAGUAGUGCGGACAAGGAGCUCCCACUAGUGAGUGAGAAGAAUAAGCAUAAGGAGAAGCAGAAGCACCAGCACAGUGAAGCCGGCCACAAAGCUUCUAAGAACAACUUUGAGGUGGACACCCUGUCUACACUGUCACUUUCUGAUGCCCAGCAUUGGACACAGGCCAAGGACAAAGGUGACUUGAGCAGUGAGCCUACAGACUCGUGCACAAAGAGGUACUCUGGCAGUGGUGGGGAUGGUGGCAGCACCCGACCCGAGAGCCUGGACGUGUUCAGUGACAUGACCCCUUCAAAUGACAAGUGGGACAGUGACAUGAGCGGGAGUAAAAGGAGGAGCUAUGAGGGCUUUGGGACAUACAGGGAAAAGGACAUCCAAGCCUUCAAGAUGAGCCGCAAGGAGAGAAGUUCUUACGACUCCUCCCUGUCUCCAGGAAUGCCAAGUCCCCACCUAAAAGUGGACCAAACGGCACCACAUAGUAAGAACGAGGGCUCCGCGUCCACCAUGAUGACCAGGAAGAAGCCAGCCGCAGUUGACAGUGUUGCAAUCCCACCAACCCCAGUGUUAUCUCUCCUUGCUGCUUCUGCAGCAACGUCCGAUGCAGCCAGCUCCUCCCUGAAGAGGCGAUUCAAGCGGCGGGAGAUCGAGGCCAUCCAGUGCGAGGUGCGCAAGAUGUGCAACUACACGAAGAUCCUGUCCACCAAGAAGAACCUGGACCACGUGAACAAGAUCCUGAAGGCCAAGCGGCUGCAGAGACAAUCAAAGACAGGCAACAACUUCGUCAAGAAGAGGAGAGGGCGUCCCCGAAAGCAGCCCACCCAGUUCGAUGAGGACUCCAGAGACCAAAUGCCGGUGCUGGAAAAAUGCAUCGACCUUCCCAGCAAGAGGGGGCAGAAGCCGAGCCUGAGCCCGCUCGUCUUGGAGCCGGCCGCCACCCAAGACACCAUCAUGGCCACCAUCGAGGCGGUCAUCCACAUGGCCCGGGAGGCGCCGCCCCUGCCCCCGCCCCCGCCGCCGCCCCUCCCGCCCCCGCCGCCGCCGCCGCCGCCCCCGCCCCUGCCCAAGACCCCCAGAGGAGGAGGGAAGAGGAAACACAAACCUCAGCCUCCUGCCCAGCCCCCGCAGCAGCCGCCCCCGCAGCAGCCCCUGCCCCAGGAAGAGGAGGUGAAGGCCAAAAGGCAGAGGAAAUCCCGAGGGAGUGAGAGCGAUGGCCUUCCCUAGGGUGGGUCUGGGCGUCUGAACCUGGGGCUGGGGGAACUGACACUUGGAAGUGCAGUGAGCCGGGGUGGGGGCGGAAUCCCACGCUGCAGGGACACCGAUGCCCUUCUCUCCAGAAGCUGGGCAGGCAGAAUCGCGCCCGAGGACGGGGUUGAGCCAUCCGUAGCUCUUGGGAAAGCAAAGCAGGGGGACGCCUUCAACAGAAGCUGGUCUGUGCUUUACAGCGGUUCCAAACCAAGCGGCACUUCAGUAUGGCUAGAUCCUUUGCAGGCGAGAAGACCCAUCGAGGAGGAGAAAGCCGGUGGUGGUGCUCUUUGACAGCCACCGGGCCUCCUGCAUCCAAGGUGCGCCUUUGAUUCCAUUGCAUUUGCUGGCCAGGAAAAUUGAAAGGGAAGCACCCUCAAUUAGGAAACAUUCCAAGGGGAGAAAAGCUGCAAAUUUCUCAACUGGCUUUGUUGUAACCCAUUUCCAUUUAAUUGGUUUUUACUUUUAUUUUGGUUUUUCCAAGCUUGGCUAGGCUUUGGGGCACCAACAUCAUCUUCAGGUGACCUGAAUCUUUCCAUUAACCAUACAGUUUCUCAGAUGGAUUCGUCAUCAGAAGGUGGAAUUCUAGUGAUAGGCAACCUUAGACAUGGAUUCAUAUUCUUCUGUAUGCCUCUGCUAUAUCACACACUGAUACUUAGCGUAGUCUGUUCCUACCUUUCCUUUGCCCAUUGUACUUCCAUAUACCUUUUCAUUAACUUACUUGCUGCCUUCUUUUCCUUGGUACACACCUAAAUAAUGUAAACUUUAUGUGUGUUGUAAUGUUCACCCUUGGCAUGCUGUCCCAAGGAACUUGGCUUCGAAUCCCAAUCAUUGUGAAACAGAUACUCAGUAUUGAUAGAGCCUUUUUAAUAAGUGAUUUAGAGCAGCCAAGGAUAUGUUGGCCGGGGUGUCAAUCAGGUUAUUUUUAUACUUAAAACAUAUCAGCAGAGAAUAGGCAGAACAGAACGGUUUUAAUAACCCACAGCAAAUGGAAUAACUGACAAAUCACCAAAAAUUGAAACCCCAGACCCACCAGAAAGACAAAUGUCUGGCAAUGCCUUGGUAUGUGAACCUUCAUACAAGUAGCUAUCAUAGAUUGUUGGAAAAAAAAAAAAAGAAACAAAAAGACAAUAGAAUAAGUCCAUUAUCUCUUGAUAAUUAUUUCUUAAAAGCAAAUGGGAGUAAGUGUUCUUAUCUGAAAAAAAAAAAAAAAGAAACAAAAGAAAAUGCUCAAAGGGUAUCACCACUCCAAUUGUAUCAAGCCACCUUGGACAAAGUAUCCAAAUUGUGGUUGCCUUAAUAAACUAAAACAUUUUUGUACAUAAUGUAAUUAUAAAUCUAUCAGUCUGCAUGGAUGCAAACUGUGUGUGACAAAUCGUCUUUUAAAUGGUCAAUUUCAACUGUACAUUUCUCAUCCAAGUUGUACUCUAGCCAUUGGUUUAGCGUGGACAAAUAUUCCAUCUCUAUCACCCAUUUCCACAGCUCAAGUAAAACAUGUUAAGAAGACUCAGAAUGAAUAUGAAGUUAUUCCAUUGCCGUAGAUGUUUUCUAAAAGUCAGAUGUGGAAAUUUCAAAUAAAUAAGUAUUUUCAAUUUUCUCCCUUCCUCCUCCCCUUACCUUCCCCAAGACAUCAAACACCUGGCAUGGUAGAUUAUAAAAAGAGAGACACUGAGAGACAGAAUUCAAUUUUCUAAUGGGAAUUAGAAUAUCUGGUUUACCUCCAAAUUAAGUUUCUUUACAGGAAGUUGGGACUGGCUGGAAAUUGUAUUAUCACUUCAAAACACAACACUGUUUCCUUAGAGAGAGAUGGAUUUUUGCUGGGAACACAGGAGAAUAAGGGAUGGGGUAUCUAUGGGAGUAAAUUUAAAAAUCCCAAGUUAAUAUGCUUGCCAACAUCACUGCUCUGUCAUGGCACCAACAAUGGUUGAAAUUACCCACAGAGUCAUCCUAUUCUGCACUGUCACCUUGGACUUAACAUCAUUUGCUACCCACUAGGUCAGUCACAUUUAAUCCUAGCAAUAUGUAAGUUUAAAGGAAUGCAUCCUCCUGUACUUUAAAGCUUAUAUCAUAGCUACUCCGUUUGUGACCUAGGUGGACCUUUGGCAUUUCACAGAAGUUGAACAGCAAAAUCAAACCAGCCACUUUCAAUCUGUCAUUCCCAAGCCAUGUCUGAGUGGUUCCAAAGUCACCGGAGAGGAAGAUUUAAAUUAGCCCCGUUCACCCCACCAUGGCUAUGAAAGAGCAACCAUUUUCAUUCCAGUUAAAUCAUAAAGGGGUUUCUCUCCUGCCAGACUUUGAAAAUCAUUUCCUUCAUUCUUUCUUUUGCCCUUCUUCCUUCUGGUGUUGUACCAUUUACCCAAACAGGUCUGUGAGUAGACUCAGUCUUCCCGCAGAAGAGAAUGAGCUGGCACUCUCUGAGCUUCUUAAAGAAGGACCCAAACUCUAAUUGACAUUAACUUCUAGUUGGAGAGAAAUGUCAAAUAACUUAAGGAUACAUUAGAAUUUCCAAACCAGCGUAAGGUAUUCCAGGAGGGAUAUAGCAGGGUUGUAACUACAUAAAUUCAGUUCUACAGUUGCCAUGUGACUUAAAUGCAAAUCCUCUACAUUUAUGACCCUAAGAAUAGAUUAGAAAACCACAGAGGACCCAAACUGAGACAUGCUAAAUAGCCAUUGGAAGGUGGAAGCUAGUCCAGGCACGGUACAGCUUCCUCUCUCCCCUGCCCAGCUCCCCACUCAGUAUCAUGUUACUUUUUUUUUUUCUUAUACUUACCAUUAACUCAUCUCAUUGGUACGACCAUUUUCUUAUUUUCUAAGUAACCCCUUUCCAUUAGUCUCUCCUCUCCUGUCCUGGCUCAACACUGGGCCAGCCUAGUUUCACCUCAUUGGAUGCAGAACCAGGAUGAGAACUCAGCAAUCUUGACCCGGACUGAGGAGUCUCUAGCCAGCCAACACUGCCUUCUGGAGGCUGCAUUUUUAUUUAGAAAAGAUGUCAUUUGGUAUGCAUGGGACUCCAUAAACACCUCCAGCAAUUAUUUCAUAAAGAAAUCUCUUGGUUCUUUGUUUUUGUUUUUAUGGAAUACUUUCCUUCAGCAAGCAGGCAUGAACCCACUUACAGGGAAUCUGAUUAGAGGUGAGCAAAGGAUGGAAUCGAGAUGUAAAAGCCUCCUUGAAGGUGAUGAUGGGUCUCUGAUCCACUUCCUAAGUGGCUGAGGAGCCACUUGCUUUUCAACCCCUCAUCUCAUGUGAAAGAGAAGUUUAACUUCCUCUAAUAGCAUGGCUCUGGCUACAACCCAAGGAAGACAGGUCAAAAGAAAGGAGAGCAUGUCAGGAGCUGGUUUGUGACUUGGCAGGACCAGGACUCAACAGCCACUGACAGCCCAGAGUAGGUGACUAAGGGCUGACAGAGGAUUAGCAUGUUAACUUGGCUGCUGUUCGGAGUGGGAGGCCAUGUUGGAUGGCAGUCGGAAUUUGUGUUCUGCACAGUGCUGGCUCUAUAAAUAUGAUAAGCAAGUGGUGACAGAAUUAUAGUAUAAGGUGAUGUACUACAUGCACAUCAUAAAGGAUUUGGUUUUAGUACUUUAGUAGAAAAUCCCACUCCUACAGCUUAUUACCCAACAAUAUUCAGAUAAUGAGUUUUUGGAGAAUAUUUUUUCCCUACCACUAGGAAGAUUUACCUGGGAACUGUCUAAAGUCUAUACAUAUAUUUCCAAAGCCUUUAAAUGCCAACUGUAGCAUGGAGAGAGACGGGGUGGCAGAAGCCGAAAUGCCUCAAAAGCCAUUUAAGUGUUACAUUGCAGGAUUUUCAGUCUUCUCAUUAUGUAAAAGUAGAUAAAUAUAGACAUUAUUCUCAACACUACCCUAUAGUAUCACAAUGGUCCAAAUGCCAGAGCUUACAGAUAAUGUCAUCACAGUGCCUAGAAACUCGAACUGUAAUAUACCGUAGCAUUUUCUUGGUGUUUUUUAAAGUUUCUUUCCACAAUACAAGGCUCCCUCUGCCUCUUGUUUCUUGGAGAGUUUGCCCCACUAAUGAGUCUUCCUUCUGGUGGGACUCAGUCAUUUGGGGAACAGUCUUAGAAGCACAUAUCAACCAAGGAAGAAACUUCCUGGAUAUCUAUUGCCCACUUCCCCAGGUAUAAUAAACACUAAAGGGGGGAAAAAUUGAAAAGAGCUGCCACUGGUCAACACAGAAGGGCAGUUCCAACCUAGGUUGGUGUCUUUCUUUUUCUUCCUUUUUUAAAAAAUCUAUUUCUUAAAUAAUAAUAAAUGCACAUGAUGUGUUAAAUAUGUAUAUAUAUAUUUCAAAAGAAAAAAUGGGGCACAAGAUUGUCUUACAAGUCGUGCUGGCUAAUUUUUAGUUUGUAUUCAUAAGUGGUUUUUAAAAGCCUUUUUUAAAGUGUAAUUUGCAUGUUCUACUUUGAUUGUAUGUAAACAUAUUUUAGAACAAAAAAUGUAUUUGUAUUUUAUUGAAUAUAGAGGCAAGAAAAUUGUACAUUGUUUGAAAUGUUCUUUUUGUAACAGUUUUUAUUCAUAAAGCAUUUUUGUACAUUUAAAAUGAACACGGACUUGCUGUUAUUUGAGGCGUAGAUACAUCUGGCAUGCUUUACUGUCAUGCUCCUCCAUGGUCUUAGAUGUUGGGUUUUAAACAUUUUUUCUAAAAGAAAGCUCAGUCUUUUUCGCUACCAGAUCAGGUUAGCACAGUAUAGAGCACUUAACUAUUAAAAAAAAAAAAAGUUAAUCCUAUUCAUAUGUUAUUCAUUGUGUGAAAUUAAAGACAUUCAAUUCAGUCUAA